AUGGCAGUCUUCGUCAGAGUCUCGGGGCCGCCAAAUAGCAAUUUCCUCGUGGGCUAUCCGGGUAUAUCAGCGACUUUGCCCAGAGUAGAAGGGAAAGUUGAGAUUAGGCCUCUGACAGGAGUAACUUCACCGGUUGCGAUAUCGCUGGUCCGAAUAUGUUUGCAGAGGAGAGAAACGAUACAUCCUUCGGCGGAGUCGCUGACGAAGAAGCAUCUGGGCACGCCACGAAGGGACACCACGGACGUGGUGGGAAAGGAACUGUUAUUAUUCCGGUGUCCGGCUGGAAGGGAAUCCGAGAGUGUAGUUUUAAUGGACUUGCCGUUUGUGCUAUUCAUACCAUUUGGAAGAGGAGGAGAAGAAAGCAACCGACGGAUACCUCCGGCAUCAUUACAACUUCCGAGUCGAACCGCGGAGACAUUCUAUGAGCUGGUUGUCACAGUCCAACAAGGCCAAGAACAGAAAAAAUAUGCGUUUCCAGUACCAAUACAGAGAUAUGAUACCCUGUCGACCUUUGGAAUGUACAACCGUCCCGAGUCGAACGAUCAAACGGUAGACAAUCUGGUCACACUGGCAAUAUCAUUACCUCGCUGGUCGUAUGGGCCAUUAGAUCCGGUGAGCGUCUAUAUCAAGCUAUCACCAAAUCCAGAUUGGUUAAGUAAAGCGAAAAAAGUCAUGAUACAGAAAAUCACAAUUGGAAUAGAAGAGGAAAUUACUUAUAAUCCAGAGGGAGAUGAACCCACGAAGAAAGUCACUCGCAUAGCAAAACAUACGUCAAAUAUUGGAAUGAAGUUACCUGAGGCUGGAUACUUCACAAAUUUGGGUCUGGUGUUUCCCUCAAAAGAGCUACGAGACCCAGAAGGUAUUAUACGUAGGGGAAAGGGAGCGUUUCCGAUGUACUCGGUCAACUCUUUCACAACGACAGGGACAUUAUACAAGAUCGAAUUCUUCCUAAUUAUCAAGGCGCACUUGUCUUCAGCCAGAGACAUCACGUUGAGGCAGCCAAUCGUGGUUUGCCCGAUGGAUCAGCAAGACUGCAAGGAAGAAAUGGAUGCCAUCGAGCAGGCCGCAAAAGAUGCUUCACAUGUCGACCCUCAUAACCCAAUGCUACCCGCCUGUACGAUCAUUCGCGCUAAUGACAAGGACGCGCUCAAAGCUUUAGGCUGGACCAUGGUGGGUGGACAACGAAAGAUGGUGAUAGAAUGA